CCGCCGCUACCCGGGCGCGCGCGGGGUAGCGCGGACGCGGGUCGGGCCGAGGGUGUUGGGAGGUCGCAGGGCCGCCCGCGCUGCUGCCCCUUGCCUGACACACAGAGGGGCCGGGACGCGAUUUGCCGCCAGUGACUGGAGCCGCCGCCGCCACACCGCCGCUCGGGCCCGCUCUGUCCCCAGCCCUCCUUCCUCCCGCCGGGCCCUCCGCCUCCGCCCGCGCCUCGCUCGCGUCUCCGCGUCCUCCCCACUGCUCCGGAGCCGCCGGCCGCCAGCGCCAGCACCAGCCAGAAAGGAAGAUUUACUGGAGGAAGUUUACUGGAGUGAAAUGGAGGCCUCCGUAAUAUUACCCAUUCUGAAGAAAAAACUAGCCUUCCUUUCAGGAGGAAAGGACAGACGAAGUGGACUCAUUCUGACAAUUCCAUUAUGCCUGGAACAGACAAAUAUGGAUGAGCUGAGUGUCACCUUAGACUACCUACUCAGCAUUCCAAGUGAAAAGUGUAAGGCUAGAGGAUUUACUGUGAUUGUGGACGGCAGAAAAUCACAGUGGAAUGUGGUGAAAACAGUAGUCUUAAUGCUACAGAAUGUUGUUCCAGCUGAAGUAUCCCUUGUUUGUGUAGUGAAGCCAGAUGAAUUCUGGGAUAAGAAAGUAACACAUUUUUGUUUUUGGAAAGAAAAGGAUAGACUUGGCUUUGAGGUUAUUUUAGUGUCUGCCAAUAAAUUGACUCGUUAUAUAGAACCCUGCCAGUUAACAGAAGAUUUUGGUGGGAGUCUCACCUAUGAUCACAUGGAUUGGUUAAAUAAGAGGCUGGUUUUUGAGAAGUUUACAAAGGAAUCUACAUCAUUAUUAGAUGAACUUGCUUUGAUUAACAAUGGAAGUGAUAAAGGAAAUCAGCAAGAGAAAGAAAGGUCUGUGGAUUUAAACUUUCUUCCAUCAGUUGAUCCUGAAACUGUUCUUCAGACAGGACAUGAAUUGUUAUCAGAAUUACAGCAGCGCCGAUUUAAUGGCUCUGAUGGAGGGGUCUCAUGGUCUCCUAUGGAUGAUGAACUGCUUGCACAGCCACAGGUUAUGAAAUUAUUGGAUUCACUGCGAGAGCAAUAUACCCGCUACCAGGAAGUUUGUAGGCAACGUAGUAAGCGUACACAGUUAGAAGAGAUUCAGCAGAAAGUGAUGCAGGUUGUGAACUGGCUCGAAGGGCCUGGAUCAGAACAACUACGAGCCCAGUGGGGGAUUGGAGACUCCAUUCGGGCUUCCCAAGCCCUACAGCAGAAGCAUGAAGAGAUCGAGAGCCAGCACAGUGAAUGGUUUGCAGUGUACGUGGAACUUAAUCAGCAAAUUGCAGCACUCUUAAAUGCUGGGGAUGAGGAAGAUCUUGUGGAACUGAAGUCACUGCAGCAACAACUUAGUGAUGUUUGUUAUCGACAGGCCAGUCAGCUGGAGUUUAGGCAGAAUCUCUUACAAGCAGCUCUGGAAUUUCAUGGCGUUGCCCAAGACUUGUCUCAGCAGUUGGAUGGCUUAUUAGGGAUGUUGUGCGUAGAUGUAGCACCAGCUGAUGGAGCAUCGAUUCAGCAAACUUUAAAACUGCUUGAAGAGAAGCUGAAAAGUGUUGAUGUAGGAUUGCAAGGUUUGCGUGAAAAAGGUCAAGGUCUUCUGGAUCAGAUCUCCAAUCAGGCAUCCUGGGCCUAUGGAAAGGAUGUAACCAUUGAAAAUAAAGAAAAUGUGGACCACAUACAAGGAGUGAUGGAAGACAUGCAGCUUAGGAAACAAAGAUGUGAAGACAUGGUAGAUGUACGAAGAUUAAAAAUGCUUCAGAUGGUGCAGUUGUUCAAAUGUGAAGAAGAUGCUGCCCAGGCAGUAGAAUGGCUAAGUGAACUUCUGGAUGCUCUGCUUAAGACCCACAUCAGAUUGGGCGAUGAUGCUCAGGAAACGAAAGUUUUACUGGAAAAGCAUAGAAAAUUUGUUGAUGUUGCACAGAGCACUUAUGACUAUGGAAGACAGUUGCUACAGGCCACAGUUGUGCUGUGCCAAUCUUUGCGUUGCACAUCUCGAUCAUCUGGGGAUACACUUCCUCGACUGAACAGAGUAUGGAAACAAUUUACAAUAGCAUCUGAAGAGAGAGUACAUAGGCUGGAAAUGGCUAUUGCAUUUCACUCAAAUGCUGAAAAGAUUUUGCAGGACUGUCCAGAAGAGCCUGAAGCUAUUAAUGAUGAGGAGCAAUUUGAUGAAAUUGAAGCUGUUGGGAAAUCACUUUUAGAUAGACUGACUGUUCCUGUAGUUUAUCCUGAUGGAACUGAACAAUAUUUUGGGAGUCCAAGUGACAUGGCCUCUACUGCAGAACACAUCAGAGACAGGAUGAAACUAGUUAGUCUCAAAAGGCAGCAGCUGAGACAUCCCGAAAUGAUGACUACAGAGAGCUAAUAGCUACCUUCUUCCCACAGAUCCUGCAGUUCAUGAUCCCGCAUGUCGUCAGCAUUCUACAGCAUUCGCUACAGUACUUAAAGAUGCAUUUCACAGCAGGAUAAGCCUCAUUUCUUUCCAUUACACAUUUCUUGCUACAUGUUAACACCUUGCAAAUACCAAGACAUAAUUAUUUAACAUGCUUUGAGACCAUAGACUCCAAGUAUCUUAAAAGAAGGAACUGUAAACAUUGCACUGAAAACUUGCUUUAAAGCUUUACCUGACAUGUCAGUUUGUAGAUGAACAACUGAUAAUAAGCUUUGAAUGGUGCUAAUAAGAGUUUAGGAAUUCUCUAUAUAAAAAAUGGUUGCCCUUCCUCCCCAGGUGAUGUAGUAAAUUUAGACUGUAGUUAAACUGUUAUUAGUAGACGGUGGUGUCCUCAAAAUUUUCCUUUGUAAUUCUUCAAAAUUGCAUUAUUUUUAUUGUGUCAGUAUGAAGAAAACUUUCAGAUCUUUGAUAUAUCAUAUUCAUUAAAAGACAUUUUCCUAUUUGUAUUGAUAAUGUAUUAAAAGUUGUUUGUGCUUAAUAAAAGACUUCUUUUAAACAUCUUAUUUAAUUUGGUGGUUAUAUCCUAUUUCCAAACAUGAGUGCCUUAUUUAAAAGGGCAUUCUUAGGGUUUUGAGGAUGGUUUAAUAUUUGAUAAUUUGUUUUUCAUGUUGAUUGCAUGUAUUUUAGCCAUAAAUCUCAUAUGUAAGCAUGUGUAUAUAAUAAGCAUGUUUUAUCAUGAAAAAUAAUUGUUAAGAACAAUUUAGAUCUUUAAGAAGUUAUGAAUGGAAUACUAUUUCUAAUUUUUCUCAUCUUCAACUUGAAAAAAUAUCCAAACUAUUAACUACCCUGAAGAUAUUUUGUCUUUGGGGGAGGAGGGCUGGGGAAGGUGGUGUAUAAGUUACUUAAGUAUAAUCCUUUAUAUCAGAGUAAUCUUUCUGGAACUAAAAAUAGCAAUUGUUAAUAAAAUUUAAUUUCUCAUGACAGACUAGAAGCAAGAUUCUGAAGUAGUCUAAUAACAAAAAUUGUACAAGUCUUUUAGAAAUAAAAUUUAUAAAACGUGCUUUUAAGUUUAUUUUAAGUUUGAAAUCAUAAAAUACGUAAUUUUUGUGUUAAUUUUUAUUUCAGAAAAUGUUUUUGAGAAAGAUAUUUUGUAGUCUGUGGUCAAUUCAAAAUUAUGCAAAGAAUUGUAUGCUGGUUCCUUUUCGUUGUCUACAAAAAUGCUCAUGUAUCUUCCAAUGCAAAAAACUUCCUCUGAGCCUGCUGGUUAUCUCCAGCCUUCUUCACUGCCAGACUUCUUGGAGAAACCCGUAUUCAUUGCCUCUACAUCCUCAUCGCUCACUGCUAAGAGCAGCAUCUGGCAGUCUGGUUUUACACAGCACUGCAAUGAAACGGUUCUCAGUGGGCUCCCAGUUACUGAACUGAAUGACUUUUUUUUCCCCUCUGUCUGCAUCCUUUGUUCAUUUCUGCCUCUGCAACAUUUAUAUCAUUGAGCAGCCCUUCUUAGACAGUGUCUUCCUUGAGGUGUUAUCCUCUGCCUAAGUAUAGUCACAUAGCUCUUACUUAAAAUGUGUCUACUAAAACGUGCUCUCACAGCUUCUGUCAUUACAGUGCUUCUGGAGGUAUCUCAUCCUUUGGCUUUCUUUUUUAUCCCAGUGUCCUAUGUUACGUAUCUGGUCCAAAGUUCUAAACCUGUACUUGCAACUCCUGCUUGACAUUGCAACCUGGGUGAAGUUAUUAAUUGUAUUUUUCACCUUUCUCCUCUUAGAUAAUUUUGGUUAAAGAUGCAGCCUUUUUUUAAAUAGUCACAUAUGCCAGAUAAUCUGAGGGCCACAUUCAGCUGGCUCCCUCUUAUACUGCCAUUGAGUCUGAGAACAUCCAGGAAGUUUUUUCUAUGUUUGAUAAUCCUCUCCGUCUUUUAGGUCAUAACUUCUAUGAGUAUGAGCUUUUGUGAUUCUUCAUUUCAGUCUACAUGAUGGUGCUAAUCACAUGCUACAACUGUUCAUGUCUCUCUACCUGCUACAUUAUAAGCUCUUUUGAGGGAAGGAAUCUUGUGGGACUUCUCCAAUUCCCAGCCGUUUGCUCAUGUGUAAUAACUGCUCAGUUCCCCUGUAUGUGAAUGAAUGUUCUGUUGUAGGCAUUAGUGAUAAUCCCUCUUAUAUUGUAGUCUGAAGUAUGUUUUAAACAGAUUUCCUAAAGUUAGGGCUGAGUUAUGAGUGAAUCUACUAAUCAGGAAGUCAUUUGGUAUUUUAGAUGCUUAGAUAUUAGCUGAUUUAGAUACCUAGUUAUAGUCAAGAUCUGUUUCUUCUACUGAAUUGCAGAGUAAUUAGAAUGUUUUUAUUAAAGACUGUGCCAGAAAGGAACUGGAUUGUAAGUAAUGAGACUCCUUAGUUCUACCAUCAACUCACCUACUUAUUGUCAAAUGAGUUAAUUUUUGUAUGCCUUAAGCUGUCCUACCUACAGCAAGAGUAAAAUAAGGCACACCUGGAAUUUGCAUAUUUCAAAUGAAGAUGAAUAUGCUUUUAACGUAGUAAAUAUUGUUGCUUUUCAUUUGUAACUUUGCUGCUACUUUCUAUAUGUAUAUCUGUAUAUACAUAAACAGUUAUGAAUGAAAACCCAGCAAUGCCCUAAUGUGAUUUUGUUCAUAGAGUCACAGUUCACUUAGAGUACCUGUGAAGGAAGUGACUGCAGUCUGUUUGAAAUCAACGUUGGCCUGCAAAUAUAAUGGAGAAAGAACCAUCUUUUCUAGUUGGUAUAUGGCACAACUUGCCACCUUAUUUUAGUGCAUCUCAGGGAAUUAUUGAAGAGUUAAUUGGGCUAGCUUCAUUUUGUUUUGGUCUUUUAUCUUUUGCUUUUGUGUUGUGCAUUUGUUCCUGUGUAAGCUCAGUAUAUAAAGGCAGUUUUGGCAUCCGUUCGUGAAGAACGGAGCUUUGAUGAACAGAGUUAAGAUGCGAAGGUGACUAUCUCAGAUAAAAUUGACUUUGUUCCCAGGCCUCAUUGUUGAUGACCUUCCUCUGCUAGGUGACUUCCUGGUAGUGUUGAUAAAACUGUGCACGCAGCCUGCCAGCGAGGAAGUCGAUGGCAGUUCGAGACUUCCUUGCUGUGUAGAAGAAUGGGUAUUUCUCUGACUUUAUAGGCCUUUAAAUUGGCUACUGCUCCCAAGUGUUACCUAGUAUUAAUGUGUUUGUUGUUUGUUUCAUUACCCUGUCAGUUAACAUACGGAGUGUGCUACUUAGUGUAUUCGUAUUAAUGUAGUUAGUGGCAUACCCCUUAAUAGGAACAUGACAAUUACUUUUCUGAUAGUGCUCAAUCCUACUCUGAUCUAAACCCAUUGUAACCAAUGGCAUGAUUGUGAGAUUAGUUGAGCCUGCCUUGCUGUGCAUUCUGCAUUUGGAGAAGGAAUUCAGAAUUCUCUGCUACAUUGUAAGUUCCUUGUCAGAGUGGAUACUGCUGUGUGCUCUUCCCAUCCUCACAGGUCUGUAGUAAAAACGCUGUGGUUACUAAAAAUUAAACAUAGUAUAGUUGCUAAAUUCUUCCACAUCUUGAGCCUAUUGAAAACGGUAUAGGAAAUUAUGAUACAUGGGUAAAUAUCUUCAGUGACGAGUUGUGUGAUUGGGGUGUUUUUGUUAAACCCCCAUGGCUGACCAGUUAACCUAAUUAGCAAACUUAAUCAGUGUUAAGUUUCGAUUCUAAAAAUAAAAAGUUUCAGUUGGGGUGGAAAAUACGCUUCUGGUAUGUAGGGCAGCACGUACCUUGAUGAGGCAAAAUGAAGUACAGAUCUAUCACAUGACGUUAUGACUUUAGUGUGUGCUACGGAAAAUCCAGGUCUACCUGAGAAGAAUAAAUAAUGGCAGGAAUAGUAGAGAAAAUAUAAAGGUUAAAAUAAGAACUGUAGUGAAUAUAAUGAAAAGAGUUUGAAAGUUUAAAUACCUGGCUUCAGAAUCUGGCUUUGCCAUUUACUGACCUUUGUAAAAAUCACUAAACAACCCUGGGUCUGUAAAAUAGAGAAGUCACAUUAAAUAAUUUCAAGAAUGAGAUACAAUCAUGUUAAAAAUGUUGAAAACUAAAAUGUUCAAAAUGGGAGGUAUCAUUGCUACAAUUACCUUUUCAGAAUAGAAAAUGGAGCAUUCUUAAUCUUGUUCUUGUCCCACAUGACAAUCAUAGGGAAAGGUAACAUCUGUGGUCACUUCCUGAUGCUCCAUGUCCCUUAAUUCAAAACUAUAUACUGAAAAUACCAAGGAUGGGGUCAGUGAGCACAUCAGUAAAUAACAAGAUGCUCAAAUCUGACAAAUUAACUCUUUUAUGACAGGACGAUAGACCAGCCAGUUGGAAGACAAGUGAGGAAUAUCGUCUACUUGCGGCUGACAGGACAGGACAAUUCCAUUAAUAAGUAAGUAGAAAGUAAGUGUUAUGCUCAAGAGUGGAUCUUAGUGAGUCAGCACCAACCUGCAGCAACAAGAGCACAAAUCUGACCACUGUUAGUGCUGUUACGGUUAGAGAAGAGCAGUCUUGGUAACUUGAGUAGUAGCAAUAACAGAAACAAACUGGUCCUAUCAUGGAGACUGGCAGAAGUAAGACGCUCCAUGGAACAGCAUAAAUACAGGGGAAUGCUGAAGACUGGGAGGGGCUCGUAGAUAUGACGCUGAAUAGCAUGGCUGUACUAUUUUAAAGCAGGCUUGAAAACUUGAAAAAACUAGUCCAUGUGCUUCAAGAAAAAGCAGAGCCUGUCCUAGAACAUGAAGAACUUAGAAAUUGCAGGCAAAGCCAGAGCCAUGACUACGUAGUGUGAAAGCAGUAAGUAAGUUUUUAAGAGAAUCAAGAUUAUUUUUGUUAGAAAACUCUUUGGAGGCAAUAUACAACAAUACCCAUGUAUAAUGAUACAGGAAUUCUUAGCAAAUAACUAAAAAUACUUAUGAACUGCUAGUUCUUACGAGCAGUAUUGUUAUGGAUCUUAAAUCAGGCAUGUGGAAAACUACUACUGACAGAAGACUAUUGAAGUCUGAAGCCGUUUUAGUGAAUCUCAAGGUGCCACCUUAGAAGUAUUUACAAGUCAAAUGCCAUCUCUUUAGAGUGACCCCCAAAUGUGCCCCUCUUUGGAGAGAUAGGCGAAUGAUUCAGAAAUCAGGGCCUGUUCACCGUGUUCAAGCCUCACGUUAUGUUUUGGGUCUGCACGUUUAUUACAGUUACCGUGAUUCUUUCUCAGUUUUAGAAGUCAGGGUAAAAACAGAAUCUCUGCUUGGUGUUUUCCCUGAAGAGAGUGUGUGGUGGUGUUUUUUUUUUAAAUCUUAAUUCUGACUCAACGUUAGUUACACAGCCAACAAUGAUCACUGUAUGUAUUAACAUUUUUUUAAGGUGUGAGGAGAUCCGUAUGUUUGACAAUUUUCAGCCAGCAUAGAUUUGAGAGCUGAUUGCUCACCUCACACUCAGGAAUAUCCUUUCACAAGCUCAAGUUUCUAAAUGGACACUAUUGGGAAGAGUUUGAUGAUUAUGUUGCUGUGAGAUCAGUAAUGAAAUCCUCAGCAUUAUUUGGUAAGCAUUGCGCCCUGAGUUUUUCCCCUGUUUUAUUGUAACAUACAAAAAAGUUAAAAUUUUACAGUGUACUUACCACCCAGAUGCUAGUUAGCAUUUAACUGUGCUUUAUCACGUCUGUCCACCUAUCAGUUCAUCAAAUCCAGAUUAUUUUUAAUGCAUUUUAAAUUGCAGAAAUCUCUACACUUUCUACUGUAUUUAGCGUACAUAUUAUUCACUAGAGUUCAGUAUUUGCUUACAUUUUAAUUUUGAUGUAAAGUGAGCAUACAGUGAAAUGCAUAAAUUUUACGUGUGUAUCUGCUGGGUUUUGGCAAGUGCAUACAGUGCUAACAAAAUACAAAAUGUUAGAUAAUUCCCACAUGGCCAUUCCAGUCAGUUCUUGUCCCCACGCCACCCCCUACAGGGAACCACUGUUCUUUUUUUUUCCUACCGUAAAUCAGAUUUGUUUGUUCUAGAUCUUUGUGUAAAUAGAGUCACACAGCAUGUCCUCUUUCUAGAUGGCUUCUUACCAUGUUUUGGACAUUUAUCUAUGUGUUUGGGUAUGUUAUGUUAAUAGUUCAUUCCUUUUUUUUUAUUGCUGAGUAAUCUGUUGUAUGACUAUAUUACAGUUUAUCCAUUAUCCUAUUUAUAAAUACGUGGUCUGUUUCCAGUAUUGGUAAUUAUAAAGCUACUCUGAUUAUUCUUAACAUAAAUCUUAUGUGAACAUAGGCUUUCGUUUCUCUUGGAUGAAUAUCUAGCAUUAGAAUUUGUGUCAUAGGGUAGUUUUAAAAGAAACUGCCAUAGCUUUUUUCAGUGUGGUUGUGCUGUGUCCUGGGUUUUAACUAUAUUUUGGAUAUGUAAGUUGUUAACUAAUUUUAUGACCCACAUUUGAAAUAUGAGAAGUAGGUUUGGAAUAGAAAUGGCAUUUUUAUGGUUGGCAGUUGAUGUUAUUUGAGGGAAGCAAAUGCCUGUCUGCCCAAAACAGUUCCCCAAGUGGUUCCUAUCCCUGAAAUGUUAGCAUUGGUUUCACUCCUUGAAAUAUUAAAGCACUUACCCAAACAUGGUGAUAUAUUAACUAUAAGAAACAGCACUGGUUUGUUAUAUUACAAACUUUUGCCACCCAUUUUCAGUAGGUAAAGUAAGACUGGUAGCUGAACAGAAAAGAUUACUUCUGUUUAGUAAGGGUAGAAGGGACAGUAAAAACAUGUAUGGCUAGUCAGUCCCAGGUACAGCAAUGUGAGAGAACCAUCUGGACAGGGAAGUCCUCCAAAUGGUGGUCAAGAAACCAGAAAACUGGGUGGGGAGAAUUCUACCUCAGAGUUGUGCAUAGGGGAUAGCUAUGUUUUUGCAGGAUAUUUUAACCUUUGCAAGUCAUAUUUUUAAUUUUGUCUUUUCAGUACCACCCAGCUAUAGUUAUUUCACACCCCCAGUGACUUCUAUCCACUGUGUCUUACCCUCUCUGCCUGUUCUAUUACAUACUGCGGUUAUCUGUAUAAGCCUGUAAAAGUAUAAUCAUAUGUACGUUUCCAGUGCUUGUGUUCAAAGAUUUAUGUAUGGUCCAUCCAAUCUUUCCUAUUCUGUUUUUAAGGGCUGGGAUAUUUGGCUUCUACUGUAAAUCCUUAUAAUGUUCCAUACAUUGUAUAUGCAAUAAAAAUGUUAAAAACUAUAA